AGUGUAGUUAGCAAUGUUUGUAUGUAAAUACAAUCGAUUUAAUGCACACAGUAGUAAUCAAUUUUACUGAUGUUGGGGACACCAAUACACAGAUGUAAUAAAAUCCCGAUUGUUUAUUUCAACUAUUUUGAAAUUUACACGGUUAGUGUCAUUUAAAUCGUGUCGUCAUCUGGACCGUGAUUUCGCAUCGAGGACAAGUUUAUAUACUGAGGUGACGAUAUCUUUUAUUUACAUGUAAAUUAUCAGUGACUGCACAUAUAUAUAAACUUUAGAUAUUCUGAGUUUUAAAAAUGACAGAGGAAGCAAAUUCGGGAGGUAAAAAUGUGGUCAUAGCUAUGGAUGGAAGCGAACAUUCCAAAUAUGCUUUUAAAUGGUUUGUUGACAACUGUCGAAAAGAAGAUGAUCAUGUUUACAUCGUCCAUGCAGUCGAGAUGAAUGAAAUGUUCGCGUCACAACAGUUCUCAUCUCCAUACUCAUUUGAUCCAGAUGUGUUAGCGUCCAUUUUGGAGAAAGAAAAAGAUCGCGUAACACAAGAGUUAAAAGAAUACGCUGCGCUACUUACUGAAGCAGGGGUUAAUGGAACAGUUAAAAGCGUCCAUACUACUAAUCCAGGAGAAGGUAUCGUAAAAUGUGCUGCAGAACUAAACGCCGCCAUUAUUAUAACCGGAUGUCGUGGUUUAGGCAAAAUUCGGCGCACGUUGGUGGGAAGUACAAGUGACUAUAUUCUUCACCAUGCUCACGUUCCAGUUGUGAUUUGCCGACAUCAACAUUGAUAGACUAAAUUAAAAGAGUUAUCGUUCUUAGAAUAGUGUAUAUUAUAUAUUCAACAAUAUAUAUGGUUAAAAAAAAGUUUAUUCAUGUCCAAAAAAAUUAUGUCUUUGUAGAUCAAGUCACUACAGAGAGAUUAAAUAAUUAUAUCAAAGAUUAUUCGCCUUGGUAUAAAAAAAUAAUUAAAUUAUAUUAGACUGCAAGGAUAAUUAAACCGCUGACAACGCCAUAAUUUAAU